AUGAUUAUGUGCACUCUUUGUGAGGACUAUUUAAUAAAUGAUAUUGUUAUUCUUAUACAAUGUGGACAUCUUUAUCAUAUAGAUUGCUUGAACAGACAUAACGAAUAAAAUUAUACAAAAAUAUGCCUAAAUUGCUAAAAUGGGACUGACUCCAUUUAAAUUCAAUUUUUAAUACAUUAACCUGAUUAUAUUGCUGAAUAGUAGUUAAACUAAUUAAAGAUUAAGAGUAAAUCUUUUUUAUCAAAAAUUGAAUAAGAGAUAGAGCUUUUAAUUAAAAAUUAUAAAUUCCUCUUGUUAGACUAUUACAUCAUUGUAAGUGAUCUGUAAUAACUCACCUCAAAUAAAAAUAGGCAAAUCAAUUAUCAAAUAUUAAGCUCCAAGAACAAAGCAGAUAGGAUUAUAGAUGAUUAAGAUUUAUUUUUAUCCUUCCAAUAAUAAAGUAAUUGGAAUAAAAAAGAAUAAGAUUACUAUUAAAGUAUGUAAGAUAAAUAUAAUAAAAUAUAUCUUAAGAAGAUAGACUAUUAGGCAAUUAGUAACUAUAUAGAUAAUAUUGAAAAUUAAAAUGAUAUUGUUAUUUAUUUCAAAGAUAUUUGUUUAAUACAAAAUCAAGAUGAAAAUUCAUAUGAUAAAAAUUUAAGGUGCUUUUUAUUUUAGAUUUUUUAAAUUCAGAAUAAAGUUAAGAAUGUUGAAGAAAAAUUAACUCAUAUUCAAAACAUUAUAAAGUAAUAAACUUGUAUCCAUAAACUAUGCACACUUUGUUCUGAUAAAUAGACCACAUAAAUUGCAAUUAGAAUGAGUUGUGGGCAUAUUUAUCAUAUAAAAUGUUUGGAAAUGGCAAUCAAACAAACUUAUUUUUGUCUUAAUUGUUUAAAUCACUUCCAUACUUCUAUUGUUCAAUUUUAGGUUUAAGAUUCGGAAUAAAUCAAAAUAAUAUAAAAUAAAGAAUCCUUCAAAUGGACUUUAAAAGAUUUAGAAAUAAGAAAAAUAUAAUUAUAACUUGAAAUAUCUAAACAUGAAAAAAUUGAUAGGGAUUAUGCUAAAGUUAUAGAGAAUUUAUGUGAAAAGAUUAAAGAAUUGAUGAAAACAUCAAAAGAUUCAAAACAAGUUAAUGAAAUCCCUUAAAAUCAAUAAGAUUUAAAUAUAGAUAUAAUAAUGCAAAACAAUCCAAACUUUGAUCAUAUAUCGAAUGAAAUAAUGUGCCUGAAUUCAUUAUUUGAAGAUGAAAACAGAGUUCCUCAAACAUAUGAUAACGUAUUCUACUUUGUAGAUAUUUGUUAUCCAUAGAAUCAUUGUUUAAAUGCAUUAGAUUAAAAUUUAUAAAAUCUAAUAACAAAAAGAAAAAAAUUGAAUGAGAGAUGGGAGCUUUUAGAGGAAUAGAUGCAGAUGACUUUAGAUCGAUUAGUAGACAGGUAUAAAUGGAAAUAGGAGUAAUAAAAUAAAAGGCUUGGAAUCAGAAGAAAGCCACCUUAAACAGAAACUAAAAGUUUAAAUGAAAGAAUGAAUAAUUUUCUAGGAUUUCCAAACAAUAUGAAAUAAUACUUUAACAAAUUUUAAUAGAAAUAAAGUGAUAGUUCUGAUGAAUAUUCAUAAACAGAUAAUUUUUUUUGA